AUGGCGUCGGGCAGAGGCGGCGGCUCUGCCUUGCUCCUGCGUCUCUUCGAGUCUUCGUUCUUCAACGUCCAUCUGGCAGUCAGCUACCUCAAGAAUUAUGCCGACUCAGUAGGCAUAACGUACUACCUCAUCAGGCGACUGGCCCAGUUCCCCGAGGAAGAGAUUGAAUUCUACUGGCCACAGCUAUGUCAUCUCCUCGUGUCCAGAGAGACGGACAGUGCAGCUCUAGAGGGCUUCAUACUAUGCCGCUGCGAAGAAUCGACGCACCUCGCCAUGCUGACAUUGUGGUUUCUGCAAGCCUCCCUCUUCGACCUGUCCACGACGCCCAAUGCCACUUCCUUCGUGACCUGCCGUCGAGUGUAUAACAAAGUGCAGCAGAUCAUCUUCUCGGAUCCUGCUCUGCCAGACAGCACGCUUCCAGUCAAUACGCAUGCUCGAAAUCGCAGGCUUGGUCCCCGAGCAGGCGCGGCUACACUUGGCAUGUCGCUCAUCGCGGCAGCUUGUGCAAUGCCAGCCCUAUCUCGUGAUGUUGGCAAGAUUGUCGUAGAGCAGGCGCGAUGGAAGCAUGAAGACGCAAGCAAGAACGGGCAUGGACUAGCACGCGAGGAUUCUGCGAGCGAUUCCGGUAGCAGCGAUGACGAGUCGAACGAUGUACUAGACCGUCGGCGAAGUGUUCGGAUGCGCGACACGAGCAGAAUGAGCUCCCAG